CGAGAUUUAAAACCUCGGUAGUCACCCAUAAUCAUUUCACGCUUCUUCAAUUAACUCAGAGUUCUAUUUCUUUCUUUAAGCCACUGAGCCAAUACAUUCAUCAUGUCCAAAGCAAUUUUUAAGCAUAUUGAUACGACUAGCUACACCGGCAAGCCGUGGGGCAAGGUCGAUGGUGGUGGCACUUCUUUCGAACAGAAAGAUUAUGAGCGGGAAGUCCAUGACCUGCGAGGUCAGGAAGACAAGUUCACGACCGACAACUCGGGCUUUGCGGUCUACAACUACCCUGCUACAGAGAAAUUGUUCACCGAUGACGCCGCGGUGCGAGGCGGUUACUACGCAGAAGUAGAGCAACUGCUCCGCGCCAAACUUCCCGGAAUCAAGAAAAUUGUCAUAUUCGACCACACCAUUCGACGGAGAACCAAGGAUUCACCUCGCCAGCCUGUACAACAGGUGCAUGUAGAUCAGACUCCAGGAGCAGCGGAGGUGCGUGUCCGGCGCCAUCUUCCUGCAGAUGAGGCAGAGGAACUUCUGAAAGGCCGUUAUCAGAUCAUCAAUGUCUGGCGUCCAAUUGAGAAUCCUGCCUCCGACUUUCCCCUUGCUGUCAUUGAUUGGCGUUCAACGACUGAAUCGGACUUUGUCCCUACGGACCUCCUCUAUCCAAGGCGGGACAGUCAGGAUGCCGACGAUGAUGACCGCGGAAAGGAGAAAUUGCCAUCAGCGGAGAGCAGUAAAUCGACCGAUGGCUAUGAGGCCAAGGGCGAGACACUUGGUGUUGCGGCAAACGAUUCCCAUAAGUUUUACUAUCUCAAGGAUAUGACCCCGGAUGAGACUAUGCUCUUGAAGUGCUUUGACUCGAGAGGCGAGGGUAUGGAGAAGGGCAGAAAGGGAUUGGCACUUAGGACCCCACACACAGCAUUUAUCGACCCCAAUACACCCAAAGAUGCACCAGGAAGGCAGAGCAUCGAGGUCAGGUGUCUAGUCUUCUACGAUUAGUUUACAAGAUGAAUUCAUGGGAGAAAAAAUAAGGGUUACAUAUGCAUGAAAUGUUUAUUAGCGAUUUACAAUUACAAUCUCAAUGUCUACUGCUAUCAUUGCUUUAUGUUUCAAUUACAACAGAUUCAC